GAAACUUCUAAGAACAUUUGCCAGUCCUGAGAUGUCCUCCGGAUCACCCAGGAAUCCUCAACGUGCUACAAAAUGAAGAGCAAAUCCAGGUAUCGCUCUCCCUAGGCUCCACGUGGAGGAGCGAUCUACCUUGCCUGGCCCCAACAUAAGAACCUGUGACACCACACAGCAGAGGAUCUAAGUGGAGGAGGAUCCAGACAGGACACCUCCGCCACUGUUGACGGUCCCCCAACCAUCCCCGAACACCUAUAUACCUACCUCCAAGUUAGGUCCCACUAAAAUCGCAAGCGUCCGGAGCCGGAUGCAGGCGCGCGUCGACGUAUGCCCGGACGGCAAGAACGCGGGCGGCAACGGGAAGGCGGCCGGCGCACACGCGCCCGCAGCGCCCCCACCUCAGGCAGCGAGGCCAGGGACUCGGAUCAAGCCACAGGAUGCCGGGCGUCUCAGCCCAUGGCCUCUCGUGUGAGGAGAGAAGGCAACUGGCUGUGGACCUCACCCGCGUCCUAGCUCUCUACCGUUCCAUCCUGGACGCCUACAUUAUCGAAUUUUUCACGGACAGCCUGUGGGGCACACUCCCCCACGCAUGGCAAGAAGUGCUGGACGGACUGAACCCACCAGAGCUGGCCACCCUGUUGCUGGGGAUGCCCAGGGAAGGGGAGGAGAUCAGGUACAGGUCUGUGUGGCCACUCACCCUGCUGGCCCUGAAGUCCACAGCUUGUGCCCUCGCCUUUACCCGGACACCUGGCUUUCACACUCCAUCAGAGUUCCUGGAGAACCCCAGCCAGAGCUCCCGGCUAACAGCUCCUUUUCGGAAACAUGUCAAGCCCAAGAAGCAGCAUGAGAUCCGGAGGCUGGGAGAGUUGGUGAAGAAGCUUAGUGAUCUUACUGGCUGCACCCAAGUUGUGGAUGUGGGCUCAGGCCAGGGCCACCUCUCUCGCUUCAUGUCUCUGGGGCUUGGGCUGAUGGUGAAGAGCCUUGAAGGAAAUAAGAGGCUAGUAGCGAGAGCUCAGCGUCUAGACCAGGAGCUCCUGCAGGCUCUGGACAAAAUGGAGAAGAGGCACCCAAAGAUGGUGCAAAGAAGCCCUCGCCACCGCCCCCACCACGUGGUUCAGUGGGUCAGCCCCACAACUCUGUGUGAGGAGCUUCUGCUUCCUCUGGAGAUGCCAGGCCAGAGUAGUACCCGUCUGCUACUCACAGGCCUUCAUGCCUGUGGGGAUCUUAGUGUUGCCUUACUGAGACACUUCUGCUGCUGUCCUGAAGUGGUGGCCCUGGCUUCGGUGGGCUGCUGCUACAUGAAACUCAGUGACCCUGGCAGCUACCCACUAAGUCAGUGGGUAGCUGGGCUGCCUGGCCAUGAACUACCCUACAGGCUCCGGGAGGGUGCCUGCCAUGCUCUAGAGGACUAUGCGGAGAGAUUACAGAAAGCAGGGCCUGGCCUACAAACACAUUGCUUCCGUGCAGCGCUGGAGGCAGUCAUCCGACAAGUCUGCCCUGAGCUUCGGAGGCCUGGUGUGCAAGGAAUUCCCAGGGUCCAUGAACUCAAGAUUGAAGAAUAUGUGCAACAAGGGUUACAGCGAGUGGGUCUGGACCCCCAGCUGCCAUUGGAUCAGGCUGCCCUCCAGGCCCACCAGGCCCAAGAGAAUCGUGUGGUGGCCUUCUUCAGCUUGGCCCUCUUGCUGGCCCCACUGGUAGAGACAUUGAUUCUGCUGGACCGGAUGCUCUAUCUUCAAGAGCAAGGCUUCUAUGCUGAGCUGUUGCCCAUCUUCAGCCCUGAACUGUCUCCCAGAAAUCUGGUUCUGGUGGCAACCAAGACGCCCCUGGGUCAGGCCUUCUCCAUUCUUGAGACUGAAGACAGCUGACAGUCUGAAGCCACCAGGUGUCAGUAUGGCUAGCUGCCGUCCUUGGCACCCUUUAGAGUGCCCUGUAUCCUGCUGGGAUUCUGGCUCUUUGCAGACUUCAGAUUUGUACCCUUUCUUUCCCUUCACUUGGAAAGUAAUACUGUGGAAUUUUUAUUUAUAAAACUUUUAAGACUUA